AUGACAAUCACAUGACUUUUAAAAAACUACAAAAGCUUGAAUAGAAAUGGAUCUAAAUUGCUAUCAAGUACUGCUCGUGGUGGGUAUGCUAGUGACUGGUAGUAUCAAUACACUGAGUAAGAAAGCACAGAACGACUGUAUAGUUCCAGGCUAUCCCAAUAUUUCAGCUAACAACACAGCCACCCCACACAAGUUUGAUCAUCCAUGGUUCCAGACUGUCAUCAUGUUUUUAGGUGAAGCUCUGUGUCUUAUAGGACUUUUUAUCUCCAGACACAAAGAAAGAAAAAAAUUACAAGUGGAGUAUGCUCAAAAGCUGCUAGAAUCUCAGGAUGUUGUACACCAUCCUCCUAAACUACCUAGGGUGUUCCAGAUAAUCCUUGCAAUCCCAACUUGUUUUGAUUUAGUUGGAACCAGUUUGGCAGGUAUUGGUCUGCUUUAUGUGAAUGCCUCAGUUUGGCAGAUGCUACGUGGUUCAAUCAUAAUAUUUGCAGGGCUGUUAUCAAAAAUCUUUCUGAAGCGUAAAUUACGUUGCAUGCACUGGAGUGGUAUCUUCAUUGUGAUCAUAGGACUGGCUCUUGUUGGAAUAUCUAGUAUAUUGAAGGAUGAAAAUGCUGCUGCUGAUUCUAAAGCAUUUCUGGGUAAGAACAGUACAAUUUAAAGGAUCCACAAACUUGCAAUUUUGCAUCGCUAUGAUCCUAGCUGGCCAAGCAGUCAGUGCCAGCCAGAUGAUCGUUGAAGAAGCUCUCCUCAAGAAACGAGGUUAUCCACCUUUGCAGGUUGUCGGGCUAGAAGGAACAUUUGGUAUCAUUAUUAUGUGCGCUAUUGUUCUCCCAGCAAUGUACUUCAUCCCCGGAUCUCAACUCAAUGGUAGUUAUGAGAACAGUCUGGACGCUCUCUAUCAAAUCAAGAAUGAUUACAAACUGGCCAUCUUCUGCCUCUUGUAUCUUCUCUCUAUUGCAUUCUACAAUUACUUUGGCCUGGCAGUGACAAAGUCUUUAACAGCUGUUCACAGGACUCUCAUAGAUGCUUGUAGGACCAUUGUAGUGUGGAUAACAGGGCUUGUGAUAUACUAUUUCUUCGAUAAAAGUUUUGGUGAAGAAUUUGAUUCAACAUAUGGACUUUUACAAAUUGAUGGGUUCUUAUUUUUAAUGAUUGGCACGGCUAUGUAUAAUGGACUUAUGCCAAUGCCAUGGUUCUCAUGUUGCCGGGAACCAACAGAAGAAUUAAUGACAAUUCAGGCAAAUGAUGGCAAUAUUCAGGAAGACACUAGCGCUGAAAAUGCAACAGAGAAGACUGGACUAAUAAGGGGACAGAGGAAAGAGCCUAUAUACUCAUGAUGAUAGGAUGAAAUUUAACAAAUUGUCUUCAAACUCAGUCUUAGAGAAAGUAACCUCAAUAUUCAGUCAUUGAAAUUUGCUGAAAUUUAGGCUGUCCCGA